AAAAGCUGAGAAGAAAGAAAAAAAAGAAGAAGAUCCACCUCGAACUUCUCUCCAUCUUUCUCAAUCAUCAUCUAAUUUCUCAGAUUCCGUUUCUUUCUCUCUCUCUCUCUUUCUCUUCUUCUUCAAGCCAGACUCUGAUAAAAAUCCAACCUUUAUUUCUCAUCCUCUGUUUAAAGCUUCACACUUUGUAAAAGUUUGUUUCUUUCUUUCCCCCACAGAUCGAUUUUGAUUAGUCUCAAUCUCAGUGGGAAUUUGUUACUUUCUCUCUAUGAUCUCUAAUCUUCAAAUGUUUCUUGGUUUGUGAAAUCCAACAGUUAAAAAAAUUUCAGCUUUUUUUUAAGCUCUCUGUUUUUUUUUUUAAUUUGAAGAUAAUGAGAGAAGAAGAGUCAGACUGGUUCGCAAGAUGGGAAGAAGAGUUACCAUCACCAGAAGAGCUCAUGCCUUUAUCUCAAUCACUAAUCUCACCCGAUCUAGCACUAGCCUUCGACAUACGAAGCCCAAGUCACGGAAACAAUAACUCAAAUCAACCUCACCAUCACCAUCAUCACCAAACCACAACAACAACUCCCACAACACCACCUUCUCAGCUUCAGCUUCCUUCUUCACAAGCCAAUUCAUCAGCCGAGUUCGCUGCUGAUUCAGCAGAUCUAGGCUCUGGUGGUGCUGCCGGAGACGAACCUGCUCGGACUUUAAAACGACCUCGUCUCGUUUGGACUCCUCAGCUUCAUAAGCGUUUCGUUGAUGCGGUUGCCCAUUUAGGGAUUAAGAACGCUGUUCCCAAAACCAUUAUGCAGCUUAUGAGUGUUGAUGGGUUGACUAGAGAAAACGUUGCGAGCCAUUUGCAAAAAUAUAGGCUUUAUCUUAAGAGGAUGCAAGGUUUGUCUUCUGGUGGUGGAGCUGGUUCAGAUCCGGCUACGGAUCGUCUAUUUGCUAGCUCACCUGUCCCUGCUCAUUUUCUUCAUCCUAAUCGUGUUCCUAGCUCUGAUCAUUUCAUGCCUUCUUUUGUUCCCAUCGCUACUCUUCAACAGCAACAACAAAUGGCUGCUGCUGCGGCGGCUGCAGCAGCUGCGUCUAAUCCUCAUUUACAGCCAGCUCAGUUUCACCACCGACAAAUCGCAGCUGCUCAUUUUGGCUCGCCGACGAAUGGUGGAUUCCAUUCACCGACGAGUAAUGGACAGUUUGGUUCACCGACUAGUAAUGGGUUUGGAUCACCUACGAAUGGGAAGUUUGAUCCUUCGUUCUUGACGAGGCAAACUCAGCAGCAGCAGCAGCAACCAAUUCAUAGAAUGUCAACACCAUCAUUGCAUAGUCCAGUUGGUAAUUACGUUGAGGAUUUGGAAUCUGCUAAUGCUAAUGGAGGAGGGAGAACUGUCUUAACUUUAUUCCCAACUCGAGACGAUUGAAAAGUCCAAAUCUUUCGGUUCAAAAUGUCUCUGCAAGUCAGUCAUCAAGAACAUUGAUUUUGAGUCUGGUCUUAUCGCGUGGCGUUACUCUGUGCAGUCUUUUUAACAUUGAUACAAUCCGGGGGAUUCACUGUGUGGUGUGAUCAAGUUCUGUGUCUCUGAAGUGGUCUUUCAGGUUCACUGCUUGUUUUUUUUUUUUUAACCCUUGUAGCUUUCUUCUUUAUGAUUCAUAUAAAGAUGAGUUUACUCUUGUACAUCCGUACAGUACGGUACGGUCACACUCAAGAUUUGGAAAAAGAAUCAAUCUUGAUGGAAAAACAAACAAAAAAACUUACUUCAUAAUGUUCUCUCUGCUUUCCCAUUUGUUGUAGAUUUGUUCUUAAAGCUGAGUUGCUAAAACUGUUCCAUUCCCUUGUUAACUGGCAACUGUUAGAGAAGAUAUGUAUAUGUGAUUGACCAGUGAUCAAUUCAUUGAUGCAAAUAGUUGUACAAUGUAAAAAGUAUGACCUGAAUGAUGAAGCAGGGAAUAAGCUAAAAGAGACAAAAGAAAGACAAUGUGGG